UGAAACCAGCAGUGACAACGGGAAGACUCAACACCAACCCCCCCCUCCCCCCUUCUCCUCCCUCUUCCCCGACCUUCGGUCUAAUGUUGUCGCUAUUAUACUAUGACAGUUACGCCUCCUACCGGGAAGCCCUUGGCUAUUUACAGCGGAGUACCGGUACAAUUCGAUUACAUGAUCAGCCUCGCUCGUCCAAUCGUUCAUAUUCACCAUAGCCCGUACAGUACACGUAUGGUUGCUUUGACUAAGUUUGGCAGACUGUCCGGAUCAAAAUCACUACCUAUGCUGUCUGAAGGGAGGAGAGCAGAAGACGGAGACAGCCAAAUAAUGCCCCGUUCCAGUCUGGCCGUUUCGGAAUAUCCUUGCAGUCUCCGUUCCAUUGCCUUCUGCACUAACGGGACCCAUCGACCCAUCUACUUUCCCAGCCUCCAGGAUUUUCCAAGUCGCUUCGCGUCUACGCCUAAUGCGGAGCAUUUCACCCCACCUUGCGGUUAUCAACCACCUCCGCUGCUAUGCAUUUUCUGCCGGUCAUUGCGGUGUGCAUUUCCGCUAUCGUGAAUAGGACCAGUGCACGUCUUUUGCGUCUGCUGUAACCGUACUUCAGCAACUCAACACACAGACGGGUUGCAGUAACCGGACUCUUAGAACUGGCCGGGGGACCGUGAUGUAUCGCCCAACGUAUUCUUUUCUGAUCCUUCGACGUGGACAUUGUCUUGAUGGAAACUUUCGCUUUCUCUU